AUGGCCAAGAUUUACUACGACUCCGACGCAGACCUCGCCCUGCUCAAGGAUAAGACGAUUGUCUUUCUUGGCUUCGGCAAUCAGGGUGCCGCACAGGCUCAGAACUUGCGCGAUUCGGGCAUCUCCAACGACAAGAUCCUGAUCGCCAACCGCGAGGACCACUAUGCGAAGGACGCCGAGUCCAAGGGCUUCAAGGUGACUCAUGACUUUGGUGAGGCAGCAUCCGUUGCAGAUGUCCUCUUCCUUCUCGUGCCCGACCAGGUGCAGCCGCGUAUCUUCAACAAGGAGGUUGCGCCUAGAUUGAAGGACUCCGCAUGUAUCGUCGUAGCUUCGGGCUACAACGUGUUCUAUAAACUGCUCGAGUUCAAGCCCAGCCAGGACGUUGUCAUGGUGGCGCCUCGCAUGAUUGGCUCUUCCGUACGGUCGCUCUACGAAAAAGGCAAAGGCUUCCCUUGCUUCGUCUCCACUGAACAGGAUGGCACAGGCAAGGGCCUCGCUCUUUCACUGGCGCUCGCACGAGCGAUUGGCGCGACGAAGACCGGCGCUAUCGAGUCUUCCGUAAGGGAAGAGACCACAAUGGACCUCUUUGCCGAGCAAGCACUCUGGCCGAACAUCAUCAAGCUCUUCACGGAGGCUUACAGUGUUCUCAAGGAGGCUGGCUGCUCUGAUGAGGCGCUUGUGUACGAGAUGUGGAUGAGCAAGGAGCCCGCAGAGAUCUUCGAGGCGGCGUCGGACGAGGGCUUCAUCACUCAGCUCAAGCACCAUUCGUCUGUGUCGCAGUAUGGCCAACUCAACGGCGCGCUGAAGCUAGACGGUACCGCUAUUCGUGCUCACUUCAAGGAGAUCCUCUACAACCAAGUUCUCAACGGCAAAUUCCAGAAGGAGUUUACAAAGAUUGAAGACGACCUCGAGAAGGAGGGCCCCGAAAACCCGUUGGAACAAUUGUAUGCCAAAGCGGGUGAGACCGAGCUUGGUGUGGGUGAGAAGAAGGUGCGCGCGCGUCUGGGGUUACCAUAG